GCUAAAGCUCGGUUGCUGCGGGAACUCAACUGUUUGUUAAACGAAUAAUAGAAAAACUCGCUUUACAAAUGUUAUUUAUAUUACAUAUUCAUACAGUUGACAGAAACGCCCCUUUGUAUUGCAAGAAUGAUCAGGAGUUUACCCACAGAUGUUCGAGCACAACUGCGCUCCGGCGUGACUAUCUUCUCAUUGCAGCAGUGUGUGGAGGAGCUCAUAUUGAACAGCAUUGACUCUGAAGCCACAUGUGUUGCUAUCAAAAUGGACAAUAGGGCCUGCAGGCUGCAAGUGAUCGACAACGGCUCAGGAAUGUGUCGGGAGGACAUGGAGAAAGUGGGAAUCAGAUACAACUCGAGCAAAUGCAGUACACUGGACGAUCUGGAUAACCUCCGCUUUUAUGGGUUCAGGGGAGAGGCUCUUUCCAGUAUUAUCUCUCUUGCUGAGACGGUUGACAUAAACUCUAGAACCAAACAAACUGUGAAAACCUACAUUAAAACGUUUAAUGAAGGAAAUGAGUCAGAGGUUGUUGAUGUGCGGACUGUCCGUCCAUCCUCAGGGACGACCGUAUCAAUCUACAACCUCUUCUACAACAUGCCAGUCAGAAGAAAAAGACUAGAUGCUGUUUUAGAAACGGAACGUAUCCGACAGAGAUUGGAAGCCAUAGCCUUAAUGCAUCCAUCAGUGUCAUUUACAUUAAAAAUUGAAAGUUCCUCACACAUGGUAGUACAGCUUUCCAAAACACGUAAUACCUAUUACAGGUUUGUUCAGAUACAUGGCUUAAGUCGAGCUCAGACGCUUGGAGAGGUCAGUUACAUCCAUGAGCAGUUUGAACUGACUGGUCACAUUGGUCGUGAAGGUCACUACAACAACAGUUUGCAAUUCUUAUUCGUAAACGGGAGGCUUGUUUUGAAGACACGCAUUCAUAAACUACUCAACUGCCUCCUGAAGAGAGUAAGCAGCGGAGCCAAACAAAACAACAGCCUGACUAAUUCGGCGUCAACAGCAAGCCCAAAACAAAGGAGCACUGCUGAUCUAUAUGGAGUCUAUGUGUUAAACAUCAAAUGUAACUACGCUGAAUAUGACAUAUGCAUGGAACCAGCCAAGUCCCUCAUUGAGUUUAAAGACUGGGAUAAUGUUCUUACCUGUGUUGAGGAGGGGGUUAAAUCAUUCAUCAUUAAGGAAAAUUUGGAAACGGAGGUGAUGGACGACGCCGAUGGUUCAACAGGUAGUCCAGUGAGGAGAGUGAAAACCCCUGCGGAAGUACGAAAGCUCAACGUUGAAGAAAAAGUUGAAGGAUUUGAAGCACUGACUGAGAACAAGGAUAAUGCAGAUGGUGUGGAUGUCUCUGGUGGCAUUCAAAUUGUGGUUUUAAGAAACAGAGAAAGUUUCUCGAGUGAAGAAUCAGAGACAGACAAGGCGGUUCAGAAUGUCACCCUGCCUUCACGGACCAUACCUGUAUUACCCGUUGUCUCAGAAAUGAAAAACAAUUGGAAAAAAGAUUGUAAUGUAAUCUGUGCAAAAAAAUACUCAACAGAUAUUAACAACACCCAACUGACAGAAAGCAAAAGUUGCAAGAUUUCAAUACUGAAUGAAAAAUCCUCGGCAGAUAGUUUAAAAUACUUCAGUACUCCAAACAAACUUUUUUCACCAAAGAGAAAAUUGCUAUUAAAUGACGGUGGAAGAGGUGAGCCGGAUCCGCACAGUUAUUAUGGUCCCUGCACAAAGAUGGUCAAAACUGCGGCGCCGCAUAAAUUAACUUUGUCUUUUGAAGCCGGAUCCCUUGACAAGUUUAGAAAGUUGUUUGGAAAAGCUGCAGAAAAAAAACAUCCAACUAUGGAUGCAAGUAGUGGCUUGCAUCCAGACUCUUCACAAAAAUCAAAUGACUUCUCAGAAGAUUCUUCUGUUGAUGUAGAUGGUCUGAUUAGAACUUAUUGUGAAAAUGAUGAGAACAACAUAGACAGUACAAGGGACAUUCCAGGCUCUGUGUCUGCACUUUCUAAAUGUUCUGCUAAAUCUUCACCGUGGAACAAGGGAGACAAAAUAUCGUUGGAUGCUAAAUGUUCACAUUUGAAACAGAGCAAAGUAGCCUUCAAAAUACCUCAGUGCCAAAGAUUACAACCAAAAACACUUGAUUCUGCUGGAGACGUUUUGUUUGAAUCUUCUGGAACGGUUGAUUCGGCUGUCAAUAAUUCUCUUAAAGAUAUGCCAGCCGUUGUUCUUAUUGAACAAAGCUCCAAAAUACCUCCUGCAGUAGAGGACUCACACCUCUAUACCUCAAGUAUGACUACCUCUGGAGGAGGUUUGAACUUUGGUGAGGAAGCUGGAAUUACCUCUCAGUGUGAUCCACUGUCCCGAAAAGGAAGUUAUGAAGGCCAGACUAUAAAAGAAAGUGAUGAAGGAAUCCCAGUUUCCAGCAACUGGCUGGCCCAUUAUGACAAUUCAUUAGGUAAGCUGGUUUACAUCAACCAAGUGACAGGACUCAGCAAAUACAACUCUCCACUGCUGGACGCUCAGGUGCCAUGUACCACAGAUGUUACUAACAUGGUGGUCAGUGUUAUUUCAAAAACAGGAUUUGAGUACAGGUGUUACCCAUUUCAGACAAAUGUUGUACUUCCCUUUCUCCCCAAGCCUAGAGCAGAGAGAGCUUUUUGCUCACUGAUGGACAGCAAAGAGGCUGUCCAAGGUCCAAAUUCUCUUUCAACUCUGUUUUCAGAAUGGACAAACCCAGUGUUCAUACGACCCCCAGAGGUUGCUUUGGAUGUAACCAGUGGUCAAGCAGAGGGCCUUGCCGUGAAAAUCCACAACAUUCUUUUUUCCUACCGGUUUACCAAGAAUAUGAUCCACACUAUGAGAGUCAUCAAUCAAGUGGACAAGAAGUUUCUUGCUUGUUUGAUAAAUGCAACAGAACAAGAGAUGUCCAAAAGCAGUAAAAAUGAAGGAAAUCUUCUUGUGUUGGUUGAUCAACAUGCUGCUCAUGAACGAGUUCGACUGGAGGGGUUGGUCGCAGACUCAUAUGAGGACGAUCCAGACAUACCUGGAAAAAAGAGGCUGUGUUCCUCAAGUGUAACUCCACCCUUGGAGAUCAGUGUGACGGAAGAGGAAAUUAGACUUCUGAGGUCUUGUCAGGCCUUUCUAAGUGAUCUUGCUUUAGAUGUGAGCUUCCAGAAGAGUGAGUCACUGAAUGUGUUUUUGGAGAGACUUCCCACAUGUUUCAUAGAGAAAGACAGCACAGAGCUCCACCGAGGAAGGCGGUCUGUUAUUAAAUCCGUUGCAGAGGAGUACCUGAGGGAACAAUUUGAGCUUCUACGCUUAACUGGAAGAGUGAGAGGAAUCCUACCCUUAACAGUUCAUAAUGUGCUUGCAUCACAAGCUUGUCAUGGAGCAAUAAAGUUCAACCACAUUUUGAGUAAAGAGGAGUGCUGUAGUCUGGUGAGCUCGCUGUCCUCUUGUCAGCUUCCCUUCCAGUGUGCCCAUGGAAGACCUUCCAUCAUCCCAAUCGCAGAUCUUCACCACAUAGAGGGUCAAGAGGAUCUUCCCAAGCCAAAUCUGAGGAAAUUGAGAAGAAUGUACAAGGCAUGGCAGCUCUAUGGAAAAGAUAAAUCUCUUUCAUAAAACUGAGUACGGAUAGAUGCACAAAAACUUCCAGCACUUUAAAUUUGGUGUUCAAUCUACAACUAUCAUAAAAUAUCUAAAAACAUCAAAAUAAAUACUGCAGCUUUUAUUUGAAUUAUUUAUUUUGCU